CGGAGCGAGAGGCAGCAGGACGGGAGCAAACCCAGCAGUCUCAGCCUCAUGCUUCGUCCUGGGCACUUCUCCUCCUCCGGUCCGCUGUCGAAAACAUCGUGACAAUAUUUAUUUCCUAUUUUCUUUUUAUUAUUUAGUAACAGAAUCAAUGACAACAACAAAAAACGGGGGAGGGGGGGAAGACGGGGGCCGAGGCAUGGAGCUUUACUGCCUGGAGCUACCGGACGAACCAGUGAGAGCCCAGCCUGACCCAAACAUCCUCUUUGAUGACAGGGUGUUGCAAAGUUUAUUAACAAUCGAGGACAGGUUUUUACCUCAAUGUUCGUAUUUCCAGCGGGUCCAGAAGGAUAUUCAGCCUUAUAUGCGGCGAAUGGUUGCAGGUUGGAUGCACGAGGUGUGUGAAGAGGAGAAGAGGAAUGAAGAUGUCUUCCCUUUAGCUAUUAAUUAUUUAGACAGAUUUUUAGCAGUGAUGCCCAUGAGAAAAAGUUAUUUGCAGCUUCUGGGAGCUGUGUGCAUAUUUCUGGCCUCCAAGCUAAAGGACUGCAGGCUCAUAUCAGCAGAGAAACUUUGCAUGUACACAGAUAACUCCAUCACACCACGGGAACUGCUGGACUGGGAACUGGUUGUGCUGGGGAAGUUGAAGUGGAACAUGGCCUCUGUUAUCCCCAAUGAUUUUAUAGAGCACAUCAUACGCAGGCUGCCCCUCCCCAAAGAAAAGGUGGCGAUGGUCCGCAAGCACACGCAGACAUUCAUCGCCCUCUGUGCCACAGAUGACAGCCUUGCAAUGAACCCUCCUUCCAUGAUAGCCUCUGGCAGCAUGGGAGCUGCUGUCUGUGGCCUGCAGUUGGACCACACUGACCAGAGGCUGAGUCGAGACAACCUGACAGACCUGCUGGCCAAGAUCACCAACACAGAGGUGGAUUGUUUGAGGGCUUGCCAGGAACAAAUAGAGCGUGUGCUGACCACCAGCCUGCAGCAGGGCCAGCAGUACCGGCAGGAGACCGGUGUCCGAGCCGGCAGCAAAGCGAGGGAGCAGCAAGACCAGUCCAGCACCCCGACAGACGUGCGUGACGUCAACUUAUGAACUCCCGAUGCCACCAGACUUGCACAGCGGUCGUGCUUGCCAACCAGUGAACUGACAGGAGUGAGGGCACAUGAGCCGUCAGUAGAUCUACAGUCACCCCCCACUCCCUGUUGAGUGAUGGCGUGACAAUAUAUGAACUUUUAGAGCUUAAGUUUCUAGUUUUUCUUUAUUGUCCCAUUCACCAACUAGUCGGGUGUACUUUCACCUUUUGUAUGGGCCACAUGUAAUCAAAAAAGCUAUUUAAAAAAGAAAACAAUAAAUUCUUGAAAACUUGAUAGUGCUUUAGGUUUCUUGAAUGGAAACCUGAAUAUAUUUUCAUACUUGAAAAAAAAAAAGCAUAAUUAUAUGAAAUAUACAUAUUCCUUUUGAUAAUACCUAACAAAAUGAAUAUGAUACUGUAUAUUUAGUAUUUAGUUAUGUUACUCUUUAAAUAUCUCUUAGCAGUUAUCAGUAGUUUUUAAUGGGAUUUUACCUUUCCUGGAAAUCCAUAUAGUAGUGAUUCAAAUGCUGAUAAAACAAUAUAAAACAUUUAAAGCUGAUAUCCAACCAGAGGAAAUCUGCUGCAGGUAGCUGCACUGUCUACCAAACUGUGCACCUGUAGUACUGCUUACUAUUUAUGCACAAAAACACGCUGGCAAGGAGUGGGCUGGGCCUGCUCACACAGGAAAGACAUGAAGAUGGUUUAAGGCCUGCAGGAGAACUGUUAACCAGACUCCUAACUGGAGAUCUGACAGGACCGUAUAUUCGUUCAUGCAUUCAGAUUCAGCAUAACUAUGCUGAUGUUUUUGAUGCCUUUUGUAGGUGGAGCUUGUACAUAUUGGAGAGCAUUUGGCUUGGAGAAAGGUAGCACUGAUUCAUGUUACCAGAGAGAGAGGAAAUCUGGCAAGUUUUUGUUUUUUUUUAACCAAGUUUGAGAGGGGAUUAAAGCAAGUUGAAGGGUUUCUUGGGAGGUUUUUAGAUGAAAGAAUGAGUAAAGUGACAAAAAUGCAAAAUUGCAAGUCUGAACUGAUGAAUAAGGGCCAAACAGUGAGGAGGAUUAUUUUAAGCUUUAUGUUUAUGCAGUCGUAUGAUACUUGAGUGACACACAGGACGAGGAAUAACAAUCCUGGUGAUGUGGUGAUGUCCGGGGUGGGUUGGGGGGAAUAGGGAUCAGUUUGUGUGUGCUGCAGUUUCUCUUCAUCAGUUAUACUUUUUUUGUUUAUGUUUUGGGUCUUUUUUGUUUUUGUUUGGUUUUUGUUUUUUUGCAGUGAGGGUGAUUUGGAACAAUAUCGAUGCACUUUUAAAACACUCCUUAAAUUGGUAAAGUGAUUGUGGUUGAGGAGAGUUCAGUGGGCUUUUAGGGUUUUUUUUUUUUUAAGUUAUUAGACUUUACUUUUUCUCUUUUUUUUUUUUUUUUUUUUUUUUUUCUGGGCUGGUUUCCCAUGGGGUAAAAAUGUUUCAAAAGUUUAACCUCUACAGGUAAAUAGUCAUAGGAUAAUAAUCGGUUUUAUAGUGUAAACGUCAAGUUAAAACCUUGGUGCAUUUAUUUAACUUUUGAACUUGAAUUUUUUUUUUUUAAUUAUUUCAAAGCCCCUUCCAAUAGUUCUUUAAAAUAGUUACAGACUGUCCAAAAUAUUCUUGUUUAUGUAUUGUUCUAUGUACAUUGCUUUCUGAAGUUUUAAAACUGCCAUGUAUGUGAGUUUUACACAUGUAUAUAACCAAUUUCUCAAUGCUUGAAUUCCUCGUUAGACCAGAAAUGUAGUUUCUAAAUCUUGCGUGUUUGGUUUGUGCAAAAAAAGAAAAAAAAAGCCAAAUGUUCCCCAGAAAAAGUGCUUUAAGCUGACAAAUGUGUGUGCUUUUAAGGUUUUGUUUGAUUUUAAAAGCAACUAUUCCAAAGUAAAAUAGAUUAUAUACGUCAUUCUCUUGCUGCUAUGAAGCUUUUCUUUUCUAGUCUUACACAAAGAUGCCUUGUCAUUCACUCGUGUGCUGCUAUAUUAUGAAAUGUUGUUUAUGUAACAAGUCUUUGCUUUUUUUUUUUUUUUUUUUUUUGUGUGUGUGUGUUGUCUGUACCCGAGGGAACGUAACACAGUUUGGUGCGGGACUGGAAGUACUCAUUUGAUUAGCAUGUUUUAUUCUAUCGAUUUGUAACUUUGUAUUCUAUCAUAUUCUUGCUGCUUCUUUGUAAUGUUUGUGUACCUCAGGUUAAUUUGGACGGACAGAGCGAGAAUCCAUCUCAUUACCUCAUCACACACUCUCACUUCACAUCACACACAUUGACUUCACCCUUAAUUCAUUGGACAGGUUUCACUUUGUCCCCCUCCUCCAUUCCCUCUGCCCUGCAUAAGAAGUGUCACUUCAGCUCUUCGAAGCAAGAAACAUCCACCAUCAGAUCCCAUUGAGCAGUUACAAGUGCCUAUUACCUACUUUUAAGUAAUUUUACAUACCUGGUGCUAAAGUAAAAACAGCCUAUACUAGAAGUGCCGGAAAGAGUUUUGAACAGUUCAUUGGAUUUUUUUUUUUUUUUCCUGAGGUACCCAUUUAUUCAAAGUUUAAACCAUCAAAAUGUUCUAUUAUUUGGUGUGGUUGUUGCUCCAAACUCCCUUCCCACCCCCCACCCCCACACACAUGUUCAGCCACACAGUGUACCUCAAUAAUUUGUCCUUAAUAAAUUGGCUAGAAAUCA